AUGCUCUUAAUGCUAUUUAGAAACUCUCUGCGAGAAGCAGCAAAAGGAAGUGCUAGAGUUGACUCCUUUUUUUUGCCUAUCGCAAACUCUUCUUCUGCUGAGACAGAAAUUGGAUUGGAUGAAGAAAGUGAUAGUGCGGAUGAAGUCGAGUCAAAGGAAGAGUUCAAAAGCAGAGUAAAAGACGCAAUCAUUGACUUGUCAAAGUUCGCAGUACCUGUCAUCAGUUCGACUUCAGAGCAGCAAAAACUUGGUGUAGCAGAGAUGGGAAAGUACGAAGGAGCAUAUCAUUACUUAUAUGCUUUGAUCAAUACGGACAUGAAGAAAAUGGCAGCUUCUAAGUUUGCAAGCGACAUUGUAUACAAGCAAAAAUCUACUUGGUACAGAGCCCGUAAGAUUCGCCAACAUGCAAAGGAGUAUUUGGAGACUAGACGAAUCAGUCUUGGUGCACAAGGCAAGCAUGCCAAACGUGUCUCUGUUCUUGAUGAUGAAGACAUCAAGCAGCAAAUACUCGAAUGGUUCAGAAGUCAGCCAAGAGCUAAAAGAAGUAUUGCUGGACUUUCAGUCCACUUGAAAGAAGUCAUUCUGCCUAAGGCCAUUGGUAGCAGCUUACUAUCAGAUGAGUUAGAGAUCGAAGGUAGUGCAAUUAAGCCGUUGUCUACAGAUUGCCUAAGACGAAAGCUGAUAUCUUGGGGAUUUCAUUUUAAGCAUUUAGGAAAAGUUGUAUACUUUGAUGGGCAUGAGCGCGAGGAUGUGCUUACUUAUAGAAAUGCAUGGAGCAAAUGCAUGAUGGAAUACUAUCAAUACUCUGAGAAAUAUGACAAUGUUACACCUUCUCUUGUGUCAUAUCCUCAAUUGCCAGAAGGUGUCAAACAGCAUGUAUUUGUCACACAUGACGAAAGUACAUUCUAUGCUAAUGACUAUCAAAAGUACGCCUGGGUGGAAGAUGGUGAAAGCUAUUGUUUGCCAAAGUCUGAGGGUAGAUCAAUAAUGAUCUCCGAGUUCCAAUGCCCUUGUCAUGGAACAAUGAGAGGAUAUGUAGGAGACCAGUACAAAACUUCGCGAGUGGUAUUUUAUCCUGGAGCUCAAUACGAAGGCUAUUGGAAAAAAUAUGAAGUAAUCGAGUCUCGGCUCCAUAAAAAUAAAAAAUACAAAAAAUAUUUCAUUGGCCUUCGCGGCAUAUUGCAGCAACGUUCUAUGUAUAGAAACGAAGCAGAGAGAUACUCUUUAAAACGUUCUUGCAAUAAUGUCGCGGCAGCUGAUUCUAGAUGUUGUACAAUCCAUAUUAUGGAGAGACAACCAGACUUUGCCAACCAAAAAUCAGCACUCGAAGAAAUAGUUGAAGGCAGUGGACACAAAUUUGAACUGUAUCCAAAAUACCACUGUGAAUGUAAUUGGAUCGAAAGAUACUGGGAAGCAGCCAAGAAAGAAGCACGACGUGAAUGUGAUUAUUCUUUUCAAUCAUUGAAUAGAAAAAUCAAUUCAUUUCUGGAUAGUGUUUGCCCACCAGAAGAUGAUGUCCCUGAAAAGAUUCGAAGAUACUUCCACAAAAGUUUUGCCUACAUCAAUGCCUACAGUCUUGGUCAUGAUGCUGAACAUGCAUUUGAAAUCGUGAAACAAUUCUCAAAGCUUCACAAAUCUCAUCAAUUUAGCAGCAUUAAAAACCUUAGAAACUCAAUAGACUUUAGAGACUUGGAAGAUUUUAGAUGCUUUAAGAGUUAUAAAGGCUAUAAGGGUUAUGACGGGUACGAGGGGGUAAUGAUGGGUAUAAGGGUUAUAGAGGCCCUAAUAGCUCUAAGGGCUCUAGGUGCUUUAAAGACUUCGAAGACAUCAGAGAUUUUAAAUAAUUCAAUGAUGUCAGAAACAUUCUUAUUAUCACCAUAUCCAUUUUAUUAUGCAUAUACUGUAUACGAUGACAAUUGUCUGUCCAAUUGA